AUGUUGAGCCAUCUUGCGGUUAUCUUCAUAUCUCUUGUCAGUGCCACGCUCGCUGAUACUAGCUAUGAUUCCACCACCACUAUCACACUUACUCCUGAGAUCACCAUGACUACCACUAUUGGUUACAUUGAAGAAAUUUUUGAAACGGCAUAUAUUUAUACCAAUUCAUACAGUUCGCUUACUACAACUACUGCUACUGGUAGCACCAGAUAUGUUUUAGCAACUGGAACUCCAUUCCCUACUGUCAGUUCCUCUGUGUCUGAUGAAACUGAUGUUGAGUCUUCUACGUCUACUUCCCUAGGUUCUGCAAUUUCUGCAGCUGCCUCUGAUGUUGAACUUGAGGUGAGCUCCGCGAUCACCACUAGCUCUAGCUUCGGCUCCAGCUCCAGCUCCAGCUCGGCAGUAUCUAUUUCUGAAGUGUCAAAAUCCACACAAGCAUACUCCUCUAUGACUUACCCAUCAUUCUCAGCUUUGUCGAAUGCGGUAGCAGCUUUCUCGGAAUCAACUUCCUCUAUCCCAAAGGGUGACUAUUCUACGUCAACCUCCGCAACUACCACCACAUUCCACGAUGGCUCAUCAGCUGUGAUUGAGUACGUCGUUUUAUAUACCCAAGAUUGUUAA